CCGAUUUGGUUACCUAGAAUGCUUGCGACGGAGUAGUGGCUGCGACGUCAUCGACAGGCGUUCGACCAAGCGGCCGGACUCAGCCCUGCCGGGGCGGCGCGUUCUGUGGGGCAAGGAGGGGAGCAUGGCACCCGCCGCCGCCGCCGCCGCCGCGCUGCCUCCGGAGAUUCAGUUCGCUCAGAGACUGGCCGCCAACGAGAAACGGAUUCGAGAUCGGGCGUUGAAAAAGCUGCGUAGCUAUAUCACUCUCAGGACCCAGAGUCCGGCGGGCAGUUUCAGCCCAGAAGAAUUCUUAAAAAUAUGGAAGGGGCUCUUUUAUUGUAUGUGGAUGCAGGACAAACCAUUGCUGCAGGAGGAGUUAUCAAACAAUAUAUCACAACUUAUGCAUGUAAUUGAGAAUAUGGAUACUCGGAACUUGUUCAUUCAGACUUUCUGGCAAACAAUGAAUCGUGAAUGGACUGGAAUAGACAGACUACGCCUAGAUAAAUAUUACAUGUUAAUCCGGAUGAUGCUGAGACAGUCCUUUGAAGUCCUAAGAAGAAAUGGAUGGAAUGAAAGUUUUACACAGCCAUUUCUGAACAUGUUAAUAAAGGAGGUCAUGCAUCCAGACAGUAAUGCUGCUGUUGGAGUGAAAUUGCAUUUUAUUGACAUCUAUUUGGAAGAACUAGCAAAAGUUGGAGCUAAAGAGCUCACAGCAGACCAGAAUCUCAAGUUCAUUGAACCAUUCUGCAAAAUUGCUGCCAAGACUAAGGAUCACCUUUUGUUGCAAGCUAUAAGCCGUGGCAUCUUUGAAACCAUUGUGGAUCAGUCCCCGUUUGCCAUAGAAGAUCUAAUGAAAGAACUGGAAGCAGGCAGUGAUGAUGACAUUUCAGAAGAUGAAUGCAAUGAUGAAGAGAAUAAGCUAAUAGCAAAAGACAGGGACUUGUCAAAUAAGCUCUCACCAUCUUCUGAGGCACAAGGUAGCCGUUUAGAAGGUGCAGAUGAUAACAUUGGGCCUGUCCUUCAGUUUGAUUAUAAAAACAUUGCUGAUACACUGUUUGAGCUGGCUAGCAGAAAAAACACCCCUGCUUCUAACCGAAAGCGCUUGUACAAAGUUGUUAAAAGGUUCCAAGACCUUUCAGAAGGGACCUUUCCACAAGACGAUUUUCCAGAAGAUGUCUCUACAGAUGAAGAUGAUGAUACACUCAGCAGGAAGAAAUGGAAGAGAAAAUCUGGCAAACCCUUAGAUCAAUCUAGGCUGGAAAAAGAAGAGAAUGCCAGAAACAGAAAAAAUGGCAUGGAGGAGGAGGAGGAAGAGGUGAAUCCAAGGCCACAGAAAAAAAGGAAGAGGCGAAAAAGAAAAGCCAGUCAGAUGGCUGACACUUGUGCAGUUGCCACAAGUACUGAGAAUGGAGCAGUUAGUUUGAAUGAAUUCAAAGAGCCUGUCCAGGACCAUGAAGCACCAAGUAGUAAGAAAAGAGGGAAGAAGUCUUUAAUUCUGGAGGCCAGUCAAGUGCCAACUACCACAGGAGGGCUCACUGACACAUCAACACCAAAGGGUGUGGUAAUGAAACAACCAAAGAAGGAAAAUGGUAGUCCAGAGAAUGUUUGUAUAGAAACUGUCCAUCAAAAUGGGCAGGCUAAUAUUAAUACUGAAGACAAUCCAGGUGACUGUGAUACAGUAUUUUGUGAUAGUAAAGUUAUUAAGAAGAAACGGAAAUUGGAGGCCAGGGUUAUCACUGGAAAUGUGUUUUCUGAAGAGGAGGUUAAGAAGCCAAAGAAGGAUAGAUUUGCAGAGUCAAAAUCAAUAGUGUACCAAAGGGUGAAAUUGAAGAAGAAAAAGUUGGGGACUUUAAUGAAGAUCAGAUGUACCAAGCAGAAAUUAAUCAGCUUGAAAAAGAAAAGGAAAAUUAAGGAAGUCCUAAAUUCCACACUAGGAAAUGAGCUUAAAGUUGAAAACAAAGAGAGCAAAACCAAGGAAACAGGUGGCCCUGCCAUCCAGCAAAAGAAGAAGAAGGCAAAUGCAGGAAAUGACUUUGUUAAAUUUGAAAAGAUAGCUUUGCCUAAACCAGUCUUCUUUCGAAAAGCUACCAUGCAGUUAAACAAGCUGCAAUCUUCGGACUCCAAAAAGGUCACCUUCGGGCUGAGUAAGAACAUGACCGCUGAGUUUAAGAAGACAGACAAAAGUAUCCUGGUCAGCCCAGAAGGACCCUCCCGGGUGGCUUUCAAUCCGAAACAAAAACCAUUGCAUGGAGUACUGAAGUCCUCUUCUACAGACGCACCUCAAAUGAAGAAGCCUCUUUUAGUGCCAGUUAAGAAAAGACCAACUGCUGUGGACUUCUUCUGAGGAAAAAAGUUGGGAGUUUUGUACAGAAAAUGUCACUAAUCUGUUACUUCCAGAGCUGUUUUUGGAAUCUUAUUUUCACGGUUAAGGUGAUAAUAUAUUCAAGGCUCUGACUGUCUGACCUAUUUGACGUUGCUUUAGUAAAUGCCUCUUCAGCAGUGCAUUGAAACAGUUUUGUGUACAUUGUCAGCAAAGGAAAAAGUAAUAUAAAUAUGUUUGUUCGUGGCUUUCAGCCUCCAUUGACGGAGGCCUAACUUUUUUUGUUGAUUAAAUAACCAUAUAGUCAUAUGGUGUAUGAAUGUGUACUGUUUUAUUCUACAGCUGAUUGUGCUCUUUUAAUGACUUCCUUGUUGCUUUUCUUGGUGCCAGAGAGGUGGAGAGAUUCCAACUUUAAGAUAAAAAGCACACAGCUCCUUUCACCUCACUCCUUCACUGUGUUAAUUCUUUUCUCUACAAGCUCUUUUCAUCACUGUGUACCAAAGUGUCUGAUUUAGAAACAGAAUAUCUGCUUAGGUGAACUAAUGCUGUUGGAGAAAUAACACCUGCCCCUCCGAGUGAGUUGUUGGUUGCCAAUACAUAUCUCAUCAUGGACGGUAACAAAGUGCUUCAGUUACCACAAAUUUCCUAAGCAUUUGUAGUAUUGUUGGCGCCUUCAGAUUUGCCCUUCUGUUCUUGUAAUGUGCACAUGUUCUCCUUAACCAAUAAUUGUAUAAUGCUGUUCCUAUCCAAAAAUAUACAGAUCAAGGCUAGGUGAUAGGAAUUAGGAAUUACUCUUCUUCCAUUUAAAGGAAUGAGAUGAGAAUAGUAAUUUUUAUCUCUUAUCAAAGCCUUAAUACCUUUUGACACAGGGUAAAGUUGCUUUUGAAAAUGAGGCUGUGACUUUAAUCUGCAGUAUAAGAUUUAGUUAUAUUCAGCAUAGAAUAUGCUGAUGGGACUAUGCCUGUGUUCAUUUUCCUUUUAAUUUUACAACAGAAUUAUUUUUUUUCUACCCUACCAUAAAUUUACUCUCUUAAAAUCCCCAGUCCCUCAUUUUGGAAAUGUAACAGAGCAUGGAGACACAGCUAAGGAAGCUUUACAAACCCAGGAAGUAUGAUGAUAUGGCCAUAUAGCAAUUUCCUUAUUUUUUAAUCCUAUCAAUGGAUCUUGGUACAGUAUUUUAUUUCUCUGCAUGUGUACUUUCAAGGAUAAAUGGUUCCUCAGUUCAUUUAAUACAUCUGUCAGCAGUAUGUACUGGGAAUGCUUACUUUCGUUGUCCCAUUUCAGUUUUAAAUAAUGUGAAACAGUUUAAGAGUGGAAUAUUUGUUUUCCGUGAACCUAUAAGGUUGUUGUUUUGUUAAUGGCAUAACAUUUAUUUGCUAUCAGCUCACAAUUAAUGAGUCUCUGCUGCAGUUCUUUGGAGUCCGUGCACCUGUUGGCUUGACUUGUAUAUCCUCAAGAAUUGCAGAAGGGACUCUUAAUUGCUGGCUAGAAGGAAGUGAAUGUUACAUUGCUUGCCUUUCACCUGCAUAACAAAAGAAUUUCAGCAACUGUGUCAAAUGUUACAUUAUUUUGUUAAUUCUUUAUAUUAGCAUAUGAUAAAGAAAAGAAGACAUCUUAAUAGGAAUGUUCAUAAUGGUUCAUUUCAUCUGAUUUUAAUAAACAUAAGAAAUCCAAGAUGCUGUUUUGAAAUACAGUACUGCUUGUGCGAAAAUAAUGGGGAACCAGAAACAACAUGAGUCACUAAUCUGUUUUUGGUCAAAAAUAUUCAUAGCGGCAAUUGUAUGCACACCAUGGUUUGGAUGUUGUAAUAUUCUGUAGCUAGAACAACAGUGGAGAACACAUUCCAAAUGUUGUUAAAUCAGAAUUCUUGUUAUCUGUGCCGGCUAGGACUCAUCGGAAAGUUGGAGUCUUAACAACAUCUGGUGGGUUACAUGUUCCCACUCCUAACUAUAUGGCAUGUAGAAACCAGCUGUUCAGGCCUGGCCACAAACCACUGUUGGAGAAAGGAUUCCACUAGAGGGCAGUAACAAAACUGUAAUCAAUUUAAGUCUACUCAUCAGGACAAUAUGACAAUAUAGAAAGCAGGAAUCUCAACUUUCAAGCCAGUUUAUCAGUUCAUAGAUGUCUUCUAAAAAUGUCUAGAAUUGAAAAGGGUUUAUAUUUUUUGAAAUGACCUCUUUAAAAAACUUUAUUUUUAAAAAAGAAAUUCUACAGUUUUAUAAUAAUUCAGUUGAAUAUUUAGUGAAAUAGAACACCUGUUUGAAAUAUUUAAAGCCCUGUAUUUAAAUAGUUGGGUUUUUUUAAAGCCCUUUAUAUUCAGCUUCUGUGAAUGGAAAAGUACUUUAUCUCUUGCUUAUUCUGGUACCUUUUUAUUAUAGGGGCAAUAUUUUCUCCUAAUUGUACAGCAUUCCUCUUAUUCCUAUUUUCAUUGAUCAAAAGUUGAAAUAACAUUGGGUAAUAAAGCAUUCUUUUG